UCAUCUAUAAUAGACUCAUAAAAAGAGGCUCAGGAAGCUGAGACUUUUCAGAUGAUAUUACCGACAUCGGCCUUCUCGGUUGCACAGACAUUUUUCAAUCUGCCCUUUUAAAUUAAAUUAUAAAAUGUUCGAGGCAAUUUAUUUUGGAAAAAUAAGUAAAGAAGAAACUGAAAGGUUGCUCGAAAUACAUGGGAAAGACGGCAGCUUUUUAGUACGAGACAGUGAAAGUGUGCCUGGAGCUUAUUGUCUCUGCGUCCGGCAGGGUCUAUUCGUCUGUACCUACAGAAUUAUGCGAUCUUCAGGAAAAUGGGGGAUCCUGACAUCCCCAAUUACUGUGCCCAAAUUAUUUAAAACCUUGGAUCUGCUCAUUGAAACCUACAGAAGAUCCCCUCCUUCCAGCAUGGCACCUCUGUAUCACCCUUUGAAGAAAUCGUCUGUCUGUGAACACUUGCGAGAUGAAGGGCUUCAAUACCUGGAGAUGUGCUAGCUGUCUUCAAAAACCCUCAAGGCAGAUGAUAUGACCUGGAUGAAGUAACUUUUCAGAUAAACACGGAAGGACAGGCUUUGUUUUACUUCUUUUGGUUGAAGCAUUUCCAAUUUCAUUUACUGUGACAAUUUUAAAUGCCACACUUGCCCAAGGAUUUAUGGGAAGAUCUGCCUGAAAGCUGAUUUGUUGUUUCAUUUGACUAAUUUUAUAUUUGCAUUUUUAUAGUUGUCUUAAAGACAUAAUAUCCUCAUGUUCAAUAGUUGUCCAAGAAGAGUUUGUUCCUUUUAAAUCUGUACUGCUUUCAAUACCAGUUGCCUCAUAAUAUUUGACUUUUUUCCAUUUGUACUGGAUCAUAAUUAUUUUAUUGCUCAUUAUGUGUUAUUUUUUUACCAUUAUUUGUUUAUAUUAUUGCAUUUUACCAAAGGGUCAGCUCUUGCUUAAUGCCAUCACUGCCAUCUGAUGGACAUUGUAAUAAUUUUUCUCAGUAGAGCAUAUUAUUAUGUUUUUGUCUAAUUUUCUUUUUGCAUCAAUAACGUAAUUGUACUUAUUGAUCUUUUAACCAUCAGUCUGUUCUGUUUUUAAGUACCCAACUGUCAUUGUGAAAACAAAGGGUGGAGCACAUAAGCAGGGGUUUAAAGAUAUAAAGAAUUCAUAUUUUACAAAGUAACUAGAAGUGGAAAAGCCUCUCUGCACUCAUCAAGGAAGAAUUUGCAAUACUUAGGUUAUUAAACCAUUAUGAUGCCUGUAAGUUUGAAUGUGGGUUGUUUAUCAGCAAAGAAUGAGAUGAACUUCUGAAUGUGGACAUGGUUGAUUAGCAGUGACCCCAUUUGAAUAUAGUUCAUAAAAUGAUAAAUAAUUGCAUAUAAUGGAAAUUGGAAACAAUAGGAAAACAAUCAGAUCUCAUCAGCGGCUGUAUAAUGAGAGAAGAAAGAACUACACUAUUUAAGGAAGAGCACGUUUAGACUGUUUAUAAAAAAAGCCAUUGAUUCUGACCAUGUGGCUUGUAAAUGUAUAAAAGGCAAUUAGAAAUGGCAAAAGGCUUUAAAAUAUACUGCUAAUAAUACAAAAGAGAUCUGUUAGUGGUUCUUUUGAUAUUUUAAGAGCUCAGACUUUCAAAAAGUCAAGUGUCUCAAGAAUGGUAGUACAGUACUUUUAGGGGAAAGGCAAAAAUCAACUCUGGGUCGGCUGCCAGUCCCUUACAGGGUCCAUUCAUGCACACACAAGCCAGUUUGUAAUCAUAAGCCCACAUAACACACACAUCUUUAAAAUGUGGGAAGAAAACAGGAAUAAUCCUUGUAGACAUGAGGAGAAUGACUCCACACUGGCAGUUAUUGAGCUAAGAUUCGAAUUCAGCAGCAGUGCUAACCACUAUGCCACUCAAAAUAAAAUAUAUUUGAAAAAAAAGCAUUUUUCUAAAGUUUUCAACUGUGAAGAGGACAAUAACAUUCUAUAUUUAGUUCAUUGUCCACAGGAAAAUCCCACAUUUAAACUGGUUUGAUUGUUACAUUAAAGCAGUUAUUUCUAUGUGUAUUGUGUAAAAUCAGAAAUGCAAAAUUGUUUGUAUUUUAUUGAAGAAAUCCUUUUUUUUCCUUAUAGACUGUUACUGUUUAUUUCUUUUAAAGUACAUUUCCACUAGUUUUUACCUGUAAGCCACUUGCUAAUAAGUACAAUAUACUUAUGGUCUGUAUAUUUAGAACUUCAGUAGCUCCUGUCUAGAAGACAGAAUUGUUUGUACUUUGGAUGUAUAGUAUAAGAUUACAGUUAACUGUUAGAACCCCAUUAUUACAAAUUGGAAUUCCCUGAAAUCAAUGUCUAUAUUGAAAAAAUAAGGUACAAAUCAGAAACCAACUUGGAAUGGGACCUCAGUCAGUUACAGUGUACAUAGAGUAUCUUCAUGCCACAGCGGCAGAAAAUGUUAAGAAGAAUUUAUUAACCUGGCAUCAUAGCUUUGUAAGUUGUGAGACAGCAUCCAGUUCUCAGUGAAAACCUUAAUCUGAGCAUCCAAAGUCAAAAUAGAGGGCAACUCGGCCAGGAUUUGAUCCCGGGUCUAAUUCUUGUGAGGGGGCAGUUCAACUUUCUUGCAAUUUAUGCGCCCAUUACUCAAUACAACAUUUUCUAGCAAUUUUCAGUUGCACUUAUAGGCCUUAAUUUACAUUACUCUUGGUGAGUCGUGGACAGUUAUGUAGUGUUUCAUCCCCAGAGCUCAGGUUUGAUUUUAUUUUGCAAGUCUUAGUGCAAGCUCCAGAAUCGUAGGAGUGGACAUUCAGUAAAAAACACACAAUGCAAACAAUCUACAAGAAAAGAAGAACAUAGAAGAGCAAUGACAGCCACCCGGAAUGAAGGAAAAGCAAAGUGUUCUGGGUCAUGCAGGCUGAGGACAGGCUUUUGGAACUUUGGCACUAUCACAAAUUUCUAUUUGAUGUCUCAUCUUUGUUGUACUAUAACAGAACGAAAGUAAAAGAAACGAUUCUCCAUUUUGACUGGCUGCCAAAAUUUUAAAUGGUAGUGAGAACUCAUGAGGGAGUCAUGUAAUCUGGCAUACUCUGUGAUUCUUAGUUGUGUAAUCUUACAUCCUCAAGGCACUGAGAUCCAGCAAUUGUGGUCAUUACUUGUCACUUGCUUUCUAACAUGGAAAGCAUUUCAAGUCUUAAAGGACUAUAUUGUUAUUUAAUUAAAGAACAAGCUAAAUUAAAGAUGGCACAAAGUUAGCUUAAUUAGUCACUCUAAACUGACUUAAUGUGAGUGUGUGUGAGUGUGCCCUUCAAUGCACUUAUAGCCUGGCAGUGUUGGUUCUUGGCUUGAGCCUGAUGCUGUUGGAAUGAGUUCUACACCCAUCAUUAUAGACUAGCUGUGCUACCCAUCUAAGAUGGGUUGAAAAUAUAAGUAAUUAACAUGGACCUCAGGGUAUUCAGUGUUAACAUUAUCAGCAUCUAUUGGAAUGUAUUUUGUAAUGCAUGUAGUAGUAAAAUGCAUUGCAUAUUUUACUCCAACAGAUGGUGCAUUACAGACAUUGGUACUGCUUUUACAAAUUCUAUUUCAAAUGGCAUGUAACAGAGACAUAGACAUAGUACACAGACACGUGUUCUUUCAUUGAAGUGGAUGGAGGCAUGAAUAUUAGAGAUAGAAACUGGAAUCUAACAAUGAUUGGCUUCAUAUCAGCAAAUAAAUACAAUACAUAUGAUUAAAACUGAGUUCUUUAAAGUUAAAUGCCUCUUUAAAUUGCUGUGCCUCAAAAUCUUUUGUACAGAAGUUGCACAAAGAAGAAGCAUAUCAAAUACUGAAGAGUCUGUUUUGAAUUGAAUGUAUUAAGGUGAAAAUGGCCUGGGGUCCUCUGCUCCAGAAGGUAAGGGCCCCAUUGCUUCAUGGUUUUAUCUUUGCUUAAAAUAAUCAAUUUGUUUGUUCUUUAAACCGUAAAUUUUAGAUACCUUCUCAUAUUUUGAAUUAUGUUACAAUAUUGACCCACAAAAUAAUUAAAUUACGCUGUUAUUGUAAACUUGUCUAAAAUUGUUUAUUGCCAGUAAAGGCUACAUUUGUUAAUUUGAAUUUGGAAUAAACACCUUCAGAUGCUUUGGCUUUC